CUUUGUGUUCUGCCGAUCCCUAUAUAGACAGCGCAAGCAUAAUACGACUGGCACACUCGCACGCAGACGAAUAUACACACACACGCUUGUUCACGCAGGACAUCAAGGUCAAUCAUGAAGGUGUUUGUGGUACUUGCAGUUGUGGCAUUUACUGGUUGCCAUGCCAACAUCCUGUGGCCAGAGCAGCCAAAAUCGCAGCUGGAGCAGGUGAAAGAUGCAUUCUGGGACUAUGUUGCUAAGGCAACGCAAACAGCUGAAGACACCCUGCAGACUAUCAGACAGUCAGAGCUGGGCCAGGAAGUCAAUGCUAAGAUCACAGAGAGCGCAGAUCUGGCCAGCCAAUAUGCAGUCUCUCUGCGCAGUCAGGUGACUCCUCUGGCCCAGGACCUUCUGAACAAAAUCACCCAGGAGGCCGAGCUGCUGAAGGAGCGUCUGGGACAGGACGUGAGCACUGUGAGGGCCCAGCUGGAGCCCUACGCAGAGGAGCUGAGGGCCAACAUCGAGCAGCAGGUGGAGAAGCUGCGGCAGGAGGUGGCCCCCUACACAGAGUCCCUGGACACUGAAGCCCUGAAGGCCACCCUGCUCCAGAAGAGCGAGGAGCUGAAGCAGACCCUGGAGCAGAGAGUGCAGGAGCUGCAGGCCCAGCUGGGCCCCUACACUGAGGAGCUGAAGGAGAAAGUGGAGCAGCGUCUGCAGGAGUUCCAGCAGAGUGUGGCUCCCCUGGCUGAGAGCCUCCAGACCCAGCUGGCCCAGAGAGCCAAGGUGCUUCAGCAGAGUCUGGCGCCCUACGCUGAAGACCUGAGAGAGAAGCUGGACCCCUACGCCCAGGACCUCAAGUCCCAGCUCACUGCUCUCUGGGAGUCCUUUGCCAAGAGCAGAGAAACUCUCUGAACUUGCCAAUUCCGUAGAACUCUCCUCUUUAGGACUAUGGCCUUGCAUAUGGCUGAAACGAAACUCCAUCUAUCUGCUCAUGCCUGCCCAUCCAAUAUCUACACCACCAGGAUUACCUCACAGUCAAAUGAACUAAGCCUUCAAUAAUUCAGCGUGAGGUUGACCCCUGAUUGUAAAGUGAAAUGUACCCUGCACUUUGUUCCAUUCUUCCAAUAUGUAUUUGAAUGUAUCUUUGCAACCCGAAGCCUAUAAGGCUAUUUGCACUAAAUAUGGAUCGGAAACUGUGCUAUAAUGUGUUUGAUGGACACUUGUGUCUCUUGUUUCACUAAUUUAUGACAAUACAACUAUAAAGAGGAAA